CUCGGCGCUUUCGGAGACCAAGUAACUCAAACCUGGCACUCCAUUAUAACCAGACGUCAGUGGUCUGCGGCUGAAGCGUUUAGUGAGUUUGCUGCUAGCUUUUGUUCUUAGGACAUUAAUCUGUCUGCUGAUAAUCAGCCCACGAAUACACGGACAGUGAACGACACCAAGAAGUAACCGUUACGUGUGCCACAUUGUUCAGCCUGAUACAAACAGGAAAAGGACUGCAGUUGAACUGACACCAGCAUCGUCCUCCGCCACUGCUCCCACCCUCCUCGCAUCAUCUACUGCUCUUACUGGUUGCUUCCUCCGGUUCUCAACAUGGAAAAUAUGUUCCUCCUCUGGCAGUGCCACUGACCUCCACCCUGGACCACCACCAUGGAGAGAAAACGCAGAAAGAAAUUAAUCUAGCUGCUCAGGCCGUUUGCAGUAUGGACUCAUUUUUGGAGCUUUGGACCUGAAAUGCUGUUUCCUCACCCCUGACCCUGAACCAGGUUUUAGCUGCUCAUUUUUCACCUGUAUCAGCGCACCUGAUGCCAGAGCUUCAUUGAUCUGCAUCAAACCGAUACUUGGUGCUACGCUACAACUCAAAAUGCUCCUGCUUCCUGUGUGGGCAUCCAUGCUUUUGGGGCUGCUGGUGGGCUUCCUACCUUUGGUGGGGAUGGAACCAACAGGCGGAGCCAAAUCUGGCUCUGACCACGCCGCCAACUCUGAGCCCCUCCCUUCAUCAUCUGGGUCUAACUGCUCCUCCCAGUUAACCCUCAAGCUGGAGUUCUCCUCCAAGGUGGUAGAGCAUGAGUACAUCAUAGGAUUUACGGGCUAUUUCUCAGCCAAAGCUCGCAGCCUGUACAUCAGCAGCGCCCUGCGGAACGCCGGGGACGGAGCGCUGGAGUGGCACAUCGUCCCCAGGGAAAACCCCGCCUCCGACUUCCCCAGUGACUUUGAGCUGGUCCACAUCCGCCAAGCUUCGGCCAGCAGCCUGCUGACCUUAGAAGACCACCCUUACAUCAAGAGGGUGACGCCGCAGCGCAAAGUGUUCCGCAUGCUCAAAUACUUUCCCUCACCCGAACCCACAGCACCCUGCAACGCCACCCGCGGGACGCAAAAAUGGCAGUCGUGGCAGUCAUCCCGGCCUUUCCGACGGACCAGCCUGUCGCUGGGCUCGGGUUUCUGGCAUGCCACUGGUCGCCACUCCAGCCGGCGUUUGCUGCGGGCCAUCCCCCGCCACGUCGCCCAAAUCCUGCAGGCAGACGUUCUCUGGCAGAUGGGACACACGGGUUCUGGUGUGAAGGUGGCAGUGUUUGAUACGGGCCUCAGCGAGAAACACCCACAUUUUAAGAACGUGAAGGAGAGGACCAACUGGACUAAUGAAAAGACACUGGAUGACGGUCUGGGCCACGGUACAUUUGUAGCAGGAGUGAUAGCCAGUAUGAGGGAGUGUCAGGGCUUUGCUCCCGACUCGGAGCUGCACAUCUUCAGAGUGUUCACUAACAACCAGGUAUCGUACACAUCGUGGUUCCUAGAUGCUUUCAACUACGCCAUCCUGAAGAAGAUUGAUGUUCUGAAUCUCAGCAUUGGAGGGCCUGACUUCAUGGACCACCCCUUUGUUGACAAGGUGUGGGAGCUCACCGCCAACAGAGUGAUCAUGGUCUCUGCUAUCGGCAAUGAUGGACCACUGUAUGGCACCCUGAACAACCCAGCAGACCAGAUGGAUGUGAUCGGGGUCGGAGGGAUCGACUUUGAGGACAACAUCGCACGGUUCUCCUCCAGAGGCAUGACGACCUGGGAGCUGCCAGGUGGUUAUGGCCGGGUGAAGCCUGACAUCGUCACCUACGGUUCUGGCGUCCGGGGAUCGGGGAUGAAGGAGGGUUGUCGCUCUCUGUCCGGCACCAGUGUGGCCUCUCCUGUGGUGGCCGGUGCCGUCACUCUCCUGGCCAGCACGGUCCUGAACAGGGAGCUGGUGAACCCGGCCUCCAUGAAGCAGGCUCUGAUCGCCUCGGCCCGCAGGCUGCCAGGUGUCAACAUGUUCGAGCAGGGCCACGGGAAACUAGACCUGAUCAGAGCCUACCAGAUCCUCAACAGUUACAGACCUCAGGCCAGUCUUUCUCCCAGCUACAUCGACCUGACAGAGUGUCCGUACAUGUGGCCUUACUGCUCUCAGCCCAUCUACUAUGGAGGAAUGCCCACCAUCGUCAAUGUGACCAUUCUCAACGGGAUGGGUGUCACUGGCAGGAUUGUCGACAAGCCCAUCUGGCAGCCCUACCUCCCUCAGAACGGUGACCACAUCGACGUGGCCGUCUCAUACUCACCGGUGCUGUGGCCGUGGGCCGGCUACCUGGCCGUGUCCAUCUCUGUGGCCAAGAAAGCGGCAUCAUGGGAAGGGAUCGCUCAAGGUCAUGUGAUGGUCACUGUGGCGUCGCCUGCAGAGAAUGAUUCUGAGGUGGGUGGUGAGCUGACCUCCACAGUCAAACUGCCAAUCAAGGUGAAGAUUGUGCCAACUCCGCCCCGCAGUAAGAGGGUGCUGUGGGACCAGUACCACAACCUGCGCUACCCACCGGGCUACUUUCCCCGAGACAACCUUCGCAUGAAAAACGACCCACUAGACUGGAAUGGAGACCACAUCCACACUAACUUCAGGGACAUGUACCAGCACCUGAGGAGUAUGGGCUACUUUGUUGAGGUGCUCGGAGCACCCAUUACCUGCUUUGAUGCCAGCCAGUAUGGCACGCUGUUGAUGGUGGACAGUGAGGAGGAGUAUUUCCCCGAAGAGAUCACUAAGCUCAGGAGAGACAUCGACAACGGCCUGUCGCUCAUUGUCUUCAGUGACUGGUACAACACCUCGGUCAUGAGGAAGGUCAAGUUCUACGACGAAAACACCAGGCAGUGGUGGAUGCCAGACACAGGGGGCGCUAACGUACCAGCGCUGAACGACCUGAUCUCGGUGUGGGGGAUGGCUUUCAGUGAUGGGCUGUACGAGGGAGACUUCACCCUGGCCGAUCAUGACAUGUACUAUGCCUCAGGCUGCAGCAUCGCCCGAUUCCCAGAAGAUGGAAUAGUGAUUGCCAAGAACCUAAAAGACCAAGGUCUGGAGGUGUUAAAGCAGGAGACAGCGGUAGUGGAAGGGGUUCCCAUCCUUGGACUGUACCAAACACCGUCCGAUGGGGGAGGCCGCAUCGCUCUGUACGGUGAUUCUAACUGUAUAGACGACAGCCACAGACAGAAAGACUGUUUCUGGCUGCUCGACGCUCUCCUCCAGUACACUUCCUACAGUAUGACGCCUCCCAGCCUCAGCCACUCCCACAGCAGGGUAGCACCGCCCACAGGCCAAGAGCGCCCACUGCCACAGAGACUGGAAGGAAACCAUCUUUACCGCUACUCCAAGGUUCUAGAGGCUCACCUGGGAGAUCCAAAGCCCCGCCCACUACCUGCCUGCCCCCACCUGUCUUGGGCAAAGCCACAGCCAGUCAAUGAGACAGCACCAAGUAACCUGUGGAAGCACCAGAAGCUUCUCUCAGUGGAUCUGGACAAAGUGGCUCUACCUAACGUGAGGGCUUACCGUCCCCAGGUCAGACCUCUCUCUCCUGGGGAGAGCGGGGCCUGGGACAUCCCUGGAGGGAUAAUGCCCGGUCGCUACAACCAAGAAGUGGGCCAGACCAUCCCCGUGUUCGCCUUCCUGGGAGCGAUGGUGGUCCUGUCUUUUUUCGUGGUUCAGCUCACAAAGGCCAAGAGCAAACCCAAGCGCAGGAAACCUCGUAUCAAACGGCCCACGUACCUCCAGCAGCAGCAGCAGCAGCAGCAGCAGCAGCAGCAGCAGCAGACGACCACUGGGAAGAACCCUACGGUUUGAAUGGGACUGCGGCUUUGAACUGCUGCUGGGGAGCUGGGUUCACCUCCAAAAGGGAGACGCCGACAGAAGGACAACUCGUGUUGCGCUAACUUGAUGGAGUCUGAGUGUCGAGGCAGACGUCUGACUGUUUGUUGGUAAACUCCAGUCUGCCGGACACGAACACACAGCGACUCCGGGUGACUCUUGGAUGCUGAAACAGUUUUUGUGCCUCUCGUCUGUUGAAAGCUGUCUGUGGGUGUUUGUGGACUAAUGAACAGUGUUAGCCAGUGUUACAAAUAUGAUGUAAAACACAGUGUACACCUGAUAGGUCGCCUACAUUUCCCUCUACUUUGACCAAACAAUUUCUUUAUGAAUGAAAUGUGUCUGACUUUUAUAUUUAUUGAAUUUGUUCGUACCCAAACACACACACACACACACACACACACACACACACACACACACCAAAAUACGAUUCAUACUAUAUGCACUUUAAGGCUCCGUUCAGACCUGGUAUCACUGUCUAUCCUGAGUGACCCAGUCACAAGUGGACAGAUCUUUGCAUUAAAGUCAAUGAAAUGUUUGGGGUCUCACCAAUGUUAGCAGCUGAUGUUUGUGUUUUCGACCAAUCUAUCCAUUGAACUAAAGACUGCAAUAUAUCCCCACACUUACCUUAAUGGAUCCCGCAGUUUUGAGAUUGGUUGAGUGAGGAGGAACUUCAAAAACUAUGUCAAACAGCUACGGCAAAGUCUAAAUUAUUCAUGUGUUCUUGUAUCUUUGGCAUUAAAUACAAUAGAAUGAGUUAGUUCUUAUGCAAAGUGUCAGAUUGUCAAAGAAUCGUAGUGCCCGCCUGUCUCAUCCUCCAUGUCUAAUGUGCAUCUUACCUGCCACUUGGAACAGCUGUAUAUUGUGUCAGCUGAUCACUUGCAUUCAUUACAUUUAUAAAGAAGACACCAUUUUACUGAUGGGUAAACAUGUCAAAUUUCAUAAUUGUGGUAAACUAGUCAACUUGUUUUGGAGAAAGUCUCCAGACUCCCUACAAAAAAAAACACCUCAGUUUUGUGAGUUGUUGAGUUCUGUGAAACUUUGGAAACUUUGUGCAGCGUUGUCCCUGACAAAUACUUAAUUAUAUGGGCCCUCUCUUAAAUUUGGCAAAUGUUACGCAUUAAGUUCGGUCUUGUGUAAAAGGAAGUGCUUGUUUUUUUCCCUCAGAUGUAUGUGUUUAUAAGUGAGAUCACGAGCGCUCAAGACACAUGUUGUGCCAGGUGAGAACUUAAGAAACAACAACAAUGUUUAGAGUUGUCCGCUUGUGAUCCGCCACUCAGGACGGAUGUUACUUUCAGGUCACACCGGGGCCGAGAAUAAUGCAGUUGGUAAAACACAUGGAAAGAAACACACCCCACACACACAUGCAGUUGUGCAGACCAACAUGAGGACCACCGGAUGAUGACGUCAUCCACUCCUGUGUCACCUUCCUCCACUGUUUUCUAAGUCCUGCCCCGCUCCACGGUCUUUUCAUUGUUUUUAUAUUUUCUAUAAUGAAUGAACUCUGGCGUUCUGUUGAUAUCCUCCUUCAUGACGAUUGACAGACUUGUUUAAAUAUAUCUCAUCAAUUAAAAAGCAUAAGCAAA